GUAAUGUGGAAGAACGUGAUCUCAAAAUUCACCUGUUUUAAUGCAAUGCAAUGCGAUGCUACAAAUCUUAACAUUCUCCACGGUGAAUCAAUUACGGUACUGCUAUUUGAUACCAUAGUCUAUUAAGCUGCACAUAUACGGCUUUAUCGCUGGGCUCUUCUAAUAACAUAGACGCCUCUUCCUCUGUUACAUCUCAUUCCAGAAUCAUCAUCGCCUUCACAGAAUCUUAGUAUCCCCCCCAAUUUGGCUGUCCAACAUAAGAACUUCACAUUUUUGACAGCACGAAAUCAUUAUCACAACGUCAAAGAUGGCAACUCCAUCGGACAUUAAGAAUUCCAAGGUACUUCCAUUCAUGUUAGAUGCAAAAGGAUCGGCACCUGGAAUUGAGAAGAGCUUGUACGAAGGUCCAACUGCGACUAUCAUCGUGGGACCAGCAGACAAAUCUACAACAUAUAUUGUUCCUCUGGCCCUCAUAUGCCACCGCUCAAGGUUCUUUGAUCGCGCUCUCAACGGAUAUUUCAAGGAAAGCACCGAAAAUCGUGUUGAGCUUCCAGAAGAUACAGUCGAAGAAUUCGAGUUGCUUCUAGAAUUGAUCUAUUGCGGAAAACUUGCCUGGACUUCUUACAUCCGAGGCCUCGAUUCGAUUAUCAAUUUCUACAUCGUUGCGGACAAAUUUGAUGUUGCUGGUCCUUUCGAAAAAGUUGACACGAAUUUAAGAACAAUUCUCGUGGAUCACUGGUAUGCAAUCUGCAUCGAAUAUGGCACAUUGGCAUACGCUUUUCUAGAAUCGGUAUAUCAACUGCCAAUUGAACAUAAGGCGCGUCGCCUAUUUGCCAAGGCAUGCGUACGACCAUAUCUUGUCUACGAAACUCUCAUGAAAGAUGCUCCGUACGGCAACACCUUACCUGCCGUUAGAUCCAAUACUUCUUGGUUGGAUGUAAAAGCGGCUUUUGAUACUAUCGACGGGCUCGCGGUCGAGGUGGUGAAAUCAUUGGGUGAAACAAUGGUUAAAGGACUUUCAGAACAUAGUCACGGACCGGAAUGCUAUGAGGAUCCCUUAACGGAAAAGAGAAUGAGACCCUUGACGAAAUGGAAUUUUGCAGGCCACAUUAAUGCAUACGGAUCCAGGCUAUGGCUGCCUCAUUAUGGGUAAGAUAUUUUCUUAGUUUAUCAUGAGUUUGGGGUUAGACUAUUCAAACCUCAGUGUCAUCGGAUUAUUUGGCUAUCGUAAUACAUUGUGGAGGGGGUAUUGGUGAAUCGUAUUCACAGUUUAGUUAGUUGAUGAUUACAAUACAAUCUUUCA